GCCAUCAACUUCGUUGAGAGCGAAUCACACCUUUAAUCAAAUAGUAGAGAAAAUUCAUGCUAGAGAGAAUUUGCGUGGCUUCUUACUUUAUUUCGUUUGUAGUUGAUUAGAUCACAAGCAAAAUGCCGCGUAUAAUGAUAAAAGGAGGUGUUUGGCGCAACACCGAAGAUGAAAUUCUCAAAGCAGCGGUUAUGAAAUAUGGUAAAAAUCAAUGGUCACGUAUAGCCUCACUCCUACACAGAAAGUCUGCUAAACAAUGUAAAGCAAGAUGGUUCGAGUGGCUGGAUCCCAGUAUAAAAAAAACAGAAUGGAGUCGAGAGGAAGACGAGAAGCUAUUGCAUCUGGCAAAGUUGAUGCCGACACAAUGGCGUACCAUAGCUCCAAUUAUCGGACGUACAGCUGCCCAAUGUUUGGAACGCUACGAAUAUUUGCUAGAUCAAGCUCAAAAAAAAGAAGAAGGAGAAGAUGCAGCUGACGAUCCUCGCAAAUUAAAACCGGGUGAAAUUGAUCCAAAUCCAGAGACAAAACCUGCUCGCCCUGAUCCAAAAGAUAUGGACGAAGAUGAACUUGAAAUGCUAUCGGAGGCCCGAGCUAGACUGGCAAAUACUCAAGGUAAAAAGGCUAAGCGUAAGGCCAGGGAGAAGCAGUUAGAAGAAGCCAGACGGUUGGCGGCACUUCAGAAACGAAGAGAAUUACGAGCUGCUGGAAUUACAGUGUCUCAGAAACAUAAACGCAAACGUGGCGUAAACUACAACACUGAAAUACCAUUCGAAAAACGGCCAGCGCUUGGUUUUUAUGAUACAUCAAUAGAACAUGUCGAUCCUCUGGCAGCUGACUUUUCCAGAAUGCGUCAACAACAUUUAGAUGGAGAGCUGAGGCAAGAAAAGGAGGAGAUGGAGCGACGUAAAGACAAGCAAAAGCUCAAGCAAAGAAAAGAAAAUGAUAUUCCAAUGGGAAUGCUAAACAAUCAAGAACCAGUCAAAAAGAGGAGUAAGCUGGUUUUGCCAGAGCCACAGAUAUCUGAUCAAGAAUUACAACAAGUCGUCAAGCUUGGUAGAGCUUCUGAGGUGGCUCGAGAAGUUGCUACAGAAAGUGGAGUGACACUAUCCGAUAGCUUAUUGGCAGACUAUUCUCUGACUCCAAAUGCAGCAGCAACUCCUCGCACACCAGCUGCUACAGACAGAAUUCUCCAGGAGGCUCAAAAUGUGAUGGCUUUGACCCAUGUUGACACACCUCUAAAAGGUGGUUUGAAUACACCGCUACACAGUUCAGAUUUCAGCAGUGUUUUACCUGCUAAUAACGUUGUGGCUACACCAAAUACCGUAUUGGCAACCCCAUUCCGCUCACAACGGACUGAUAGUACUCCUACAAAUUCGUUCAAUACGCCAACAUCUUUACGAAGUCAAGCUGGAGCUCUGGUACCGACACCUGUUCGUGAUAAACUGAGUAUCAAUCCAGAAGAGGGACUGGAAGGUUCAGAGACCCCUGCUCUCCAGAAACAGGUGAAAGAACAGCUACGUGCUGGUUUGAGUACUUUACCCACACCUCGAAAUGAUUAUGAAAUAGUUGUUCCUGAAGGCGAAGGAGAUGACGAAAAAGGAAAUGAGUCUUCAGACAAUAUAGUCGAGGAUCAAGCUGACAUUGAUGCUAGACGUCAACAGGAAAUAAUUGAGCAACAAAAAAGGGAUCUUGCUCAAAGAUCACAAGUGAUCCAACGAGAUAUGCCCAGACCCGUAGACAUCAAUAUGAACAUCUUAAGACCACUUAUGGAUACUCCACUAACAGACUUGCAGAGGGCUGAAGAAUUAAUAAAGAGAGAAAUGAUCACAAUGCUUCAGUACGACUCACUAGAAAACCCAGUGAGUACAGUUACCAAGCGAGGAUCAAGUUCUUCAAUUGUACAAGCCACUGCAUUUCUGGAACAGCAUCCCUAUGUCGACUACGAUCCAGAAGAACUUACUCAAGCUCGUAAACUUUUGGAGCAGGAAAUGGCAGUCGUGCGGGAAGGAAUGGCACAUGGAGAGCUAAGUUUAGAUGCCUACUCUACAGUCUGGGAAGAAUGUCUGUCACAGAUUCUAUAUCUGGAGAAUCAGAAGCGAUACACAAGAGCUACUUUAGCUUCGAAGAAAGAUAGGGUUGAAGCAUGUGAAAGAAAAUUAGAAGAAAACCGUGUGCAUAUGACUGGGGAAGCAAAACGUGCCGCCAAAAUGGAGAAGAAGCUCAAAAUAUUGACUGGAGGCUAUCAGACACGUGCACAAGGAUUAUCGAAACAAAUACACGACUUAUGGGAACAAAUCGAACAGGCUCACCUUGAAUUGUCAACUUUCAAAUUCCUCCAAGCGCAAGAAGAAGCUGCAGUACCAAGACGACUGAAUGCGCUCAUGGAAGACGUCAAUAGGCAAACUGAUCGAGAACGUAUCUUGCAAAAUAAAUUUGCUGAACUUCAAGAUCAGUUGCAACAGUUACAAGUGUAAUACGUUAACGUAAGCAAUAAUGAAUAAAAAAAAGCAAAUAUUAAGUGAGAAAUUGUUCACCUCGUUUCAAAAAUAGCAACUUAUGAUGAAAGAUUAAUAAAUGACUGCAUAAUUUA